CGAAGAAGAAGAAAGAGGAAGAAGCUGGUGCUGGGCGGAACUCGAAGGAGGAAGUGGAACCACAACAACACGACUCCGUUCCAAAUAUUAAUGUUAUAUUCGUACACAUGAAUUCCACCCUCACCAUGUUUAUUCCUUAAAUUCCCAAGGUUCAGGAGCAUUUGCAUGAAAGCCUUCAGACACGACUGGGAACUGCCUGGUAACUGGAAACACUAUGGAGGAGACGAGUCGCGAGGCGGUCGCCACGGCGGUGCAGCGCGUCGCAGGAAUGCUGCAGAGAUCUGAUCAGCUAGACAAAGUGGAACAGUACAGGAGAAGGGAGGCUCGCAAAAAGGCCUCAGUGGAAGCCAGGCUGAAGGCAGCAAUCCAGUCCCAGCUGGACGGCGUUCGCACUGGCCUGACCCAGCUGCACAGUGCCCUGCUGGAUGUCAAAGACAUCCAGAGCUCAUUGGCUGAUGUGAGUAAAGAUUGGCGGCAGAGCAUCAACACCAUUGAGAAUCUGAAAGAUGUCAAGGAUGCCGUUGUUCAACACAGUCAGCUGGCCUCCGCUGUGGAAAACCUUAAAAACAUUUUCUCUGUACCUGAGAUUGUAGCGGAGACGCAGCAGCUGAUAGAGCAAGCAGACCUGCUUCAGGCCCACAGGAAGCUGAUAGAGCUGGAGUGUUCACGGGAUGACCUCAUGUAUGAACAGUACCGCAUGGACAGCAGGAACACCAGUGACAUGAACCUCAUUUCCAUCUACUUUGAAGAUGUUCAGGGCUUGUCGGAUGAACUGGCCAAACAGUUAUGGAUGGUACUGCAGAGGUCCAUGCUAACGGUUCGUCGUGACCCUACUAUGCUUGUGUCGGUUGUUCGUAUUAUCGAGCGGGAGGAAAAGAUCGAUCGACGCAUGGUUGACCGAAAGAAGCAGACUGGGUUCAUCCCACCUGGGCGACCCAAACGUUGGAAGGACAAGAUGUUCCAGGUGUUGGAGGGAACUGUCAGCACUCGCAUUGAGGGCACCCAGUCGGUGACGAGAGAGGCUGAUAAAAUGUGGCUGGUCCGUCUUCUAGAAAUAACCAGGAAAUAUGUUCUGGAUGACCUCAUCGUUGUCAAGAACCUCAUGGUGCAGUGCUUCCCCCCACACUACAACACUUUCAACAGGUUUUUCAGUCUCUACCACAUCGCUGUGUCCACUCGCGUCACAGAACUGGCUGCCGAGGACUUGGAGGCUAAUGAGAUUGUAUCCAUUCUAACCUGGGUUCUCAACACAUAUAAGAGUGUGGAGAUGAUGGGCCAUCCAGAGCUCCAUUCAGAGUGUGAUAUCAACAAGCUUGAACCUCUGCUACCCCGGGACGUGGUGGACGACCUGCUCAGCAAAUAUGUCAAGACUUUUACAUCUAAUAUAACAGGCUGGCUCCGGAAGGCCCUGGAAACCGAUAAGAAAGACUGGCAGAAAGAAACCGAGCCUGAAGCAGACCAAGACGGAUACUACCAGACCACACUGCCCGCCAUUGUCUUUCAGAUGUUUGAGCAGAACCUGCAGGUUGCUGCACAGAUUGAUGGGGAUUUCAAAGAGCAAGUUCUAAAGCUGUGCCUGAAACAGAUGAACACUUUCCUACUCAGGUACAAAGAGGAGGCAGUGGUCUACAAGGAAGACCACUUGAGGGAAAGAAAGCUGCCACAGUGUUAUGUACAGUACAUGAUAGCCAUCAUUAACAACUGCCAGACAUUCAAGGAGUCCAUCAACAGUCUGAAGAGGAAGUACUCUCAGUCGUCAGUGGCCACUGACAGUGAUGCUGCCAUAGAAAGGACACUCAAUGAGGUGGCUAAGGAGGGAUGUCAGUUCCUAUUGGACGAAGUCUUUCUAGACCUCGAGAAUCACCUGAAUGAGCUGCUGACGAGGAAGUGGCUGACGGGCUCUCAUGCCGUGGACACUAUCUGUGUGACAGUGGAAGACUACUUCAAUGACUUCAACAAGAUCAAGAAACCCUACAAUCAGGAGAUGACAAGUGAGGCCCUGCGCAGGGUGGUGGUGGAGUACGUUAAAGCAGUGAUGCAGAAGAGGAUCACCUUUAAAAAUGCAGAUGAGAGGAGGGAGGGAGCGGAGAGGAUGAUCAAAGAAGCUGAUCAGUUCAAGUUCCUCUUCAGAAAACUGGCUGCUGGUGAAGACACUGACCGGCUUUGCGGCGCCAUCGCUGCCAUUGCAGAAGUGUUUAAGUUGACUGACCCGACACUGCUGUUCCUGGAGGUCACCACCCUGGUUUCCAAAUAUCCUGACAUCAGGGAGGAGCACAUCCAGGCAUUGCUGGCAGUGCGUGGUGAUGCCAGCAGGGAGAUGCGCCAGAUGAUCAUCGGGACUCUGAGCGAGAACAAAGUGUCCUACUCUGGUGUCACGCAGCCCAUCUUCAAAGACAUCACCGUGCCCACCAUCACCAUGACUAGCAUGACCUCCAUGGCUACUGCGAAGUUGCUCAAAUAAAACCAGUCACAGAGACACCAUUUCCACACUUGCCACCUUCAGAAACAAUAACAUGUACAAAAAACUUGUUUUUGUCCAGACACCCAGUUCCUGUUUCUGUCCCAACACUUUGUGGCAUUUCUUUUUUUAAAUUCUGAUCCAAUGUGUGUUUCAACUGAAAAAUAAAAUUGUAGUUGUAAAAACA